AUGUCGCCGGCAACGUUGAACGAUGUUUUCAAAGAAGUCGAAAAUAUCACGCGGUUCCAACGGAUCCUAGGCUUGUCUUCGUUGGUCUACUGUAAUGGCGAACUCCAGAUAUCGAGAAAAUGGCUACUUUUAAGCACCCUCAGCCUCGGCGCUAUGGCCUCCUGGAUCCGAAUUAACUUCAACGUGGAUUCCUUGAACAUGUCCCUGUUCAGGAUGAGAGCCGUGGACUUGCAGAUGCUCUCCCUUGGAAUAGAGAUGCCUCCAACCGAACCUAGAUUGGUUACCAUCUUUAUUUACACCAUGAUGACUAUUGGAUUCUUCCUCAAAGUCCCCACAAUGCCUUCAUCCUUCAGCUGUAUCUGA